CUGUAAUUUUGCGCACUGCGUGUUCAGAAUAGUAACCCCACCUUUUCCAUUGCUCUCUAGUGAAAGAAAAGGCUGUAGAGUUCUGAUACAUUUCAUCACACACCUGUAGAAGCUGGCUGAGCUGCUGAUCUGAAGAGUCUGGUGUGUUCUCAUGGAAGGCUCUGAGGAGAAAACAUGCAGAUUUAUUUUAAGUUUUUGAAUAGUUUCCAAUAUUAAUCCAUUUUUUUCCUCUUAUUGCAAGGACCAGUUUCUUUGGAUUAUUAUUAUUAUUAUUAUUAUAGUCUUAAUCAUGGGGGAUGUAGUUUCUACUCACCUGGACGAGAGAAGGCGACAGAUAAUUACAGCUCAUACCGGAAAGGUGCUGACGGAGUUCAGAAAGGUGUAUGAACAGCAGUAUGCAGUGGCUCUCUUUAACAGCGUACGCUUCGAGAUCGAGGGAGGAGGGAACGUGCAGACCCAGCUCUUACACCGCAAGGAUCCACUUCAGGACAAGUCAAUCUUCUCUGGAGACUUGUUUCAGUAUUUGGAGGAGAAUAAGAAAUGGAGGAACCGCUUCAUAUACGUAGCCGACUCUUACAACAUCAGCGUUUAUGACAGCAGACUGGCUUAUGAAAGAGGCCUGAAUCCCAGAGGAAUCAUUAAUUGUGCUGGAUACAAAGCCCUGACCUCCAUGGAUGAGUAUAUGGACCUGCUGAACAGCUGCAUUUCUGACCCAAAGGCGAAACCAGAAAGUUCUCCAUUUCUAAAAUGUGCCUCCAGCUUUCUGUUGAUCUUGUGGCACCCAUAUGCUCGCCAUCGCUACUUCAGUGUGAGGACUGAGAAAGAGCAGAAGAAAUGGCUUGCCGUUUUCCAGGACUGCGUUAGACACGCCAACAAUGGUCUGUCAGAGGAGAACAAGGUGCACACACCGGCGUUCACUGAUUCCCUGCGACUAUACAGACAAGCCCAAGGCCACUAUGGCACCUGGGACAUGAUGUGCGGGGAUCCAGCACGGAUUCUGGCCAACCUGGUGAUGGAGACGCUGUAUCCGGAGCUCAGGACACAGAUAGGGCCUCGACUGAAGGGCAAGCUGCAGCAGAGACAAAGGAACUGGAUGCUGAUCUCGGAUGCAGUGUACAGGCAGGUGCUGACUCAGACACGAAUGCAGCAUGAGGUGCUGAUUCAGGACUGUGAGGUAGAGCGCCCCCGUCUGGACGCUGCACUGCGCACAGAUAUGGACCAGAUAGUUUCUUCCAAAGAGCAUGUCACUGCAAGGAUGCGUGCACUGGUGCUUGCGCGUGCAGAACAGGUCCUUAAGAGCAACGUGCAGCCUUACAUCACCUCCAUCCUGGAAGCUCUGAUGGAACCGGUGAGCCAGGGAUUCUCUGAGGUCAGGGAGGUUCUCUUCCGUGAGUUGGUGGAAAUCAGCAAGAAUACGGUCAAUGACGGAGGCAAAGAGGCACUUGGAAAGCAUAUGGACAAGGUGUCCAUGUUGGCCUUCCAUCCAGUGAAGAUGAAGAGCUGCUAUGAGAAGAUGGAGCAGCUGAGUCUGGAAGGCUUGCAGCAGAGAUUCGAAGUGUCCAGCACUUCCGUGUUCAUUCAAAGAGCUCAGAUCCUCAUGCGAGAGCAAAUGGACAAUGCCGUGUACACGUUUGAACAGCUGCUGCACCAGAACAUGGAGGAACAGUCAGGAGAGGAGCUUCUUAAAACCAUCCAUCGCUGCCAGGACCGAGUACUGAAGAAAUAUGACUAUGACAGCAGCACAGUGCGCAAGAAGUUCUUUAGAGAAGCACUGCUCCAGAUCAUCAUCCCGUACAUGUUGAAACAGCUCCAUCCUGUAUAUGCUCCCGAACUGCCUCAGUUCAAAGAGCUCAUCUUUGAGGAUUUCUCCCACUUCAUAUUAGUGGAGAACAUAUUCGAGGAGGUCAUCCUACAGUCAGUCACUAAAGACAUUAUGAUGGCUGUGAAGGAAGCGGCCAUUCAGAGAAGGCACAAUCUGUACAGGGACAGCAUCGCCCUGGGCAACAGUGACCCAAACCUCUACCUUCUGGAGAAGAACUCUAUCGACUGGGCCAGCCAGUAUGGAGGUGAAGGAGGAGGAGGUGGAGACGACCGGGUCAGACGACGCAGACAGAUUGUAUCACUGAUUCAGGUUGAGGGCAUGGCACCAGUGCCUUAUGGCUCCUGCCUGGAAGUACCUGGUGUGGAAGAGAUCCCGGAGGAGAAUGAGUUGCAGACAGGUGAAGAUCUUCCAGAGGAGCCAGUCAUCAAUAAUGAUCUCCAUAAACAAGCAAUAAUUUCUGUAGCAUCCAAAUCCCUGGAAGAGCCAGGAUCUCCAGACGACGUCCAGCAGAUCCGUCAGCUCAUCAAUCCAGUGCUUGAAGUGGUUCUUCCGUUAUCUCCGGGUAAUGACCCAGUGCUGACCAGUGGUAUCCUGCCUCUGGAGGAAGGGGAGGAGAUAGAGGGCAUCACCACAGUGGAGGAAAUGAUUCCAAAGGACUCUGCUAUUGCCAGUGCCAUUCAAGAGCUGGAGAACGCUGUUCAGGAGUCAGAAUGCAACGUUGACUCCGAUAUGGAACCUUCUCAAGUAUCUGCCGAGUCCAGUCCUCGACACCAUGACGACAGUGGAUUUCAGUCUCCGACCAAUGAGCACAGAGAGGAAGAGGACCCUCAACCAAUCACUGCAGAGCUGAAGGGUGAAGACGAGCCAGUGGAUCCUAAGCUGGUGAUGGUGAUGUUGGAGCCGGAAGAUAAAGUGUCUGAACGUGUCUCACAAGCACAAACAAUAGAGGAUUUGGAAUAUAACAUUUAAUCCAAGACAUGGACUUUUUUUUUUGAGUCAACAGAAGUUCACUGCAAAAAAAAAUGAUAGCAAGUGAAGAUAUGUUUUGUAAAACAUACCUAAUAUUUCUUAUAUUUGUGUAUAAUAUCCUAUUUUUAGAAUUAUUUACUAAUUCCAAGCUUACAGUUGUCUUAUUGCAUUGGCAGAUCAUUUUGCUUCCUUCUCAAAAUAAACUAUUUCAAGCUUGAAAUGAGUAGAAUGAUCUAGAAAUAGGCGUAAUCAUAUAUUUGUUUUAAAACAAUACCACCUAACAGUACCAAGAGAAUAGAAUCUAGACGAAUUUGCAUAUAGUCAAGGUAUUUUUACUUGCAAUCUUUUUUUAAAAAACAAUUGACAUUGCGACCAAAUGUACGUCAUUUGUGUUCGAUUUUAAACAGUGGCAAUCAAAUAGUUAAGUAAUAUUGGCUGGCGUUGAGUGGUAUAUCAGAUAUAUUCCAUUCAGCUAGCAUGAUAUUGAAUGAGUCGAAGACGAGUUGAAUGGAAUACAUCUGAUAUACCACAAUAAAAAGCCAACCAUUAUUAUUAUUAUACAUACUCUUCAGAUCAGCAUUCUCGAAGGCCGACGCUAGCUUACCCAUGACUCAGUGCUGUUAGCAUGGCAGUCCAGUUACCUUCUAGCCGGUGUAGCAUUGAGCAGUAGCGUUAGCGAAGGCCAACACUAGCUUACCUGUGACUUGGUGCUGUUAGCGCGGCAGUCCAGUUACCUUCCAGCCGGUGUAGUAUUAACAAAGGCCAACGCUAACGCAAUCAAGCCAAAUAUUAUUAUUGUUACCAUUUUUCCUGUGUAAUUUACUUGGUUAUUUUUAAAAUCAACAACUACACACAAUGGAGUGACCUGGCAGCCAAAAUUCUCUCAAAAUCUUCUGUUUCUAAUGAAGUAAACCUGGUGGCCAUGUUUGUUUACAAAUUGUCACAGUCACUUGCUAGCACGGAAGUUUUACAUCUCCGGCGUGUGACAUCAUGUUGUCUUGACAGCCAUGCAAUAUUGUAAACCAUAUUCAACGCUCAUUCUCCAUUGGGUGAUGUAAUACACGUAGGAUAAGCGAUAUGCUAACAAUGUUGCAUGCUAUGAAUGAAACCCACUAGAAGGGAAUCGAAUACGUGUUUUUAUUCCAUCGAAAAAGUGUCCUGUAUGUAUAAUAAUUGUAUAUAUUCAUAUUACGGCCUCGUGUAGCUUAAUAUGAUUGCUUAUUCUUAAUCCAGGCACUACUCUGUCAGAUUUCCCUUUCCAUAUAAGCGUGGUUUAGAUGCUUGGUUUGAAUCACACUGAAGCCUUAAUUCCAUUUAAAUUCUGGGAUACUGCCUGGAUAUCUGAGCAUCAAAAAUAUUCAUUUGAUAUGUCUUUUAUAAAACUUAUCUUUGCUUUAUUUUUACUACAUAUUUAUAUCCAAGGGAACUGAGGACACAAUGUUUCUGGUCUUGAAACAGCAUAUUUAUUUGUUUUUACCUUGUUCCUAAUUCAACGCUACGUUAACAUAGUUGCAGCUGAAUUGACGUCACGUAUCCACAUAGCGUCUGGCGUGUCAUCUUUCUGUUCCUCUAAUAACGUUUUGACGUUGCUACACAACCCUAAUUUUAUCUGAUGGGGAGACAUGACUAAAUGUUAUGUGGCUUGAAAAACACAGGUUACUUUGAAACCCUGCCAUGGAUUAGGGAUCCGUUUUGUUUUUCUGGUCUCCUGCUGGAAUUGGAGGAGGACGGAUAAGGCAUCAGCACAGACCUUUAUAGAUGGUGCCAACUUUGAUGGAAUGGACUUAGAGAAUGGCUCUUUUUAUUAAACUUGGAGUUCACUUGGUUUUUUCCAUCCAGUUGAUGAAAAUUUUGGAAUUUGUAACUUUUCCCCCUAAUAUCUGUGAUGACAGCCAGUGAAACUUUUCAUCACCUUUCAUUUCUUUUUUUUUUUUAAUCCAAAAAGAAAAAAACACCUGGUUGUUGUGGUUCCUUCAAAGUAUUUUACUGGAGUGAAUCCUUUUCCUCUGCUAUUUAUUAACCCUGUAUAUUUUAUCCUUAUCCUCUUUUACUGUUCUCUGUUUCGUAGGCAAAAAUGAAUGAAUACAUUUUAAAACAAAA